AUGGUUGAUGAUCAGCCUAAGAAGCUUCACAUAGCCAUGUUCCCAUUUCUGGCCUUCGGUCACAUAAUCCCGUUCUUAGAGCUCAACAAGCACAUAGCUCGAAAGGGUCAUUAUAUUUCAUUCAUUUCUACUCCUAGAAACAUUGAACGCCUCCCAAAGAUCCCUCUAGAUCUAGCAGCUUUCAUAACUUUUGUGAAGUUGCCCUUGCCCCAUGUAGAGAACCUCCUAGAAAACGCAGAGGCCACCAUGGAUGUACCACGCCACAUAGUUCCAUACUAUAAGAUCGCUUUCGACAGUCUCCAGGAACCUUUGUCUCGUUUCUUGGAAAGCGCCACUUCGGAUUGGAUUGUAUAUGACUUUGCCCCCCAUUGGUUACCACCAAUUGCUAUUAAGUUAUGCAUCUCACAGGCGUUCUUCAGUGUUUUCAGUGCAUCGUGUCUAGGUUUCUUUGGACCACCCGCAGAGUCGAGUGUGCUGGAAGAUGCUAUAUAUCCAAAGGGCACGAGGAUGGAGCAUGAGUGUUUAACCGUACCUCCUAGAUGGAUUACCUUUCCAACAAAAGUAGUGUUUCCGCUCUUUGUGGCAAAGGAAGUAAUGCUUAGCUUCUAUGAAGAAAAUACUUCUGGUAUUUUCGACUGGUUUCGUUUCAGUAAAAUGGCGUUAGGCACUGAAGUCAUGGCUGUUAAAGCUUGCAUGGAAUUCGAAGGGCUAGAGCAAUCGGGUUUGCCCUUCUUUCUUGUUCUAAGAAAGCAAAACCUCCCAGAAGGUGGAGAAGACUCGGAUGAUCAGAUACCUAAAGGAUUUGAGGAGCGAAUCAAAGGUCGUGGGAUUGUUUGGUGGGGUUGGGCUCCUCAUGUUAACAUAUUAGGUCACAAGUCAGUUGGGGGCUACUUUGCACAUUGUGGUUGGAGUUCAGUGACAGAGGCAUUCCAGUUUGGACAUCCACUUAUUAUGUUGCCCAUGUUUAGGGACCAAGUACUUAAUGGAAAGCUUUUGGAGGAGAUGCAGACAAGAGUGGAGGUACCUAUAAAUGAGCAAGACGUGUGA